CUAAGGAAUUCAAGCGACCCAUCGGGCGAUUCUAAUGUGACGACCGGUCAGUUCAUAGGCAUCAUAGCCUCGCGAGUCUUCUACAUGAGUCUGGGUUACCCAGACAGAAUUGUGAUCCAUAAGUUCGUGAACGCCUAUUUGAUGUUUCGUGAAUACGUCGUCCCAUCCCGUUGUCGGACAUAUUUGUGGAAAUUAGUGAACAUAUUACUGAUCGGACUGACCCUAACGGGAGUCAUAUGCAUACUGAUAGCCCGGGGGCACUACCUAAUCGAUAUAGUGAUCGCAUACUUCGUAACCACUCGAACCUUCUGGAUUUAUCACACGCUAUGCUAUAACAGCGCUCUCAGGUUUCAGCCGCAAACCAACUACCUGUCCCGCGUCUGGUGGUACCAGAUAUUCAUAUACUUCGAGAGCGGACACCAAUUCAGUGGAAGCAUGACAUGCGGCGAUCGGGCCGACAGUCCCGUUGCGCCCCAAAUGAUUGUGCGAUCGUUUGAGUGGCCCCUCCCGUGGCCGCGAGUUUUUCGCCGCAAACGCCGGUCCGCUCAACGGCUCCUUCAAACACAACAGGCAUAGAGUCGACUAAUCAUUCAUGUCUUGCCACAUAUUAUAUCAUUAUUAGGUAUUCACAC